GGUUACGUGCCUCGUGACCUGAUACUCACAUUUUGUUCCCUCAUCCCUACGGCAUUAAAUUUAUGGAUUUGUUAAGUACCUUGGAAUAACGAGCGUGCUACUUUUACCGAGGAUCGCCAUGACACGCUCAGUCGUAAAUGUCUGGUAUGUUUCCCAGCGGACCUUGGGUGUCUUCCUCCUCCACAAAUCUUACUUCUUGGGUCAUUUCAAAGUUUUUUCAAGGACCCGGGAUAUUGUUUCUUUCAUUUCUUCGGUGGAAGAUCGACAUGACUCAGCGCCGCUUUCUGUGCCCCCUUCAGUGAUGCACAAUACCGACGACAUGAGACCUCGAUUUUCUGCACUCAGUUCAUUACAAACUACUACUGCGUGGAAUACUGCAAGCAGUACGGAUCUUGCCGUUCGGGACUUCUACAUAAGCCCCUGGCCCUAUCGCUCUCUCAGGAUUUUUUCUUCACGAAUGACAUCUCCGCAGUUAGGCGACAAGUGCGGUCGUCCCUUUGACUCUCCGUCCUGGGAGGACUAUUGCGACGACUGUGCCUCAAUCCUUCUUGCAAUGGAGAAAUCGACAAUUAUCUGUUCUCGUAUACAUCCUUCCAACUGUUUCCCCUUGAUGCAAUAUCAGGUCUUUGGUCCUUGCCAGCAUUCCAAGGGUAAUGUGCAGAAAAAGCCUGAAAUUUGGCCACACCUAGAACGGCUAGACAGGUUCCGUCGACAUAUAAUUCAACCGCCUAGAACCUGGGGCGUAGACAUCGACGAAUUGCCGUUUCACAGUGAGGAGGGGUGGUCGUUCUGCUCUGAAAUGUUUCAUCGCGCGCAAUGAUGCCCGUUGAAAGGAGCUAUGUCUCAAUGCUCUUAAUGCAUGUUGCUGGCUGUUGACCUUAGCAGAAGCUCGACUGCUUCCGUUCCGGCACUGCAGGUCGGGAGCGUUUUAAUGCCACGGGAGUCCAGGUGUUAUUUUCUCUCGGUGCUUAUUCAAUAUAUUAUGGACGAACUUGAAGAAUGUCCUUGAUGUCUCUUCUUGUUGCUGUUGCCUUGACCAAGAAAUGAU